AUGGCGACUUCACGGGACACACCAAACCCUCUACGGCCGUACUACAGGCCUCCAUCGAUAGGAAUCCCGAUUGAUACUCCAGGUACAACGAGCUCCGGAACGCAUGGACUGGGACCAAAGAAUGGCAGCGCGGCAUCCUACGCGUCGUCUGCACGCGAUAUGUUCUCGGAGCUUGAUUAUGGGGACUACUUGUCAGACAAUACACCAACGGCUGUAGAAUCAGUCAGGAAACAGGUUGAUGAUUGGUUCUACAAAUAUACAAGCAUCCUGCUUGCCCAGCCAUUCGAUGUUGCGAAGUUGGUUCUGCAAGUGAGGAGUCAUGAUCUAGAAGAUGAAUCAAUCCCUUUGGCUGUCCGAAAUACUGGCUCAAGACAGUCUGGCUAUCGGAACUCGGCGUAUAGUGAUUAUCCUUCAGAUGACUCUGAUCCUGACGAACCUGCCUACUUUACUUCCACAGCCCCCCUUUCGCAUUCUUACUCCCCUCCGCUUUCCCGAAGGCGGCAUGGUAGCGAAAACUCAUUCCCCUCUCCUCUACCGAAAGACCACUCACCUCCUGCUCACCAACUUAUUCUCAAGAGACCGGACUCGAUAUUGGAAGUAAUAUCGCAGGAAUGGACGAAAGAAGGAGGAUGGGGAGUAUGGAAAGGUUCCAAUACCACAUUCGUCUACAGUGUCUUGGUACAGACGCUUGAGAAAUGGUCAAGGGGUCUUCUGUCAGCUCUUCUCAAUGUCCCAGAUCCGGAUCUCACCACAGGACUCGAGAUGUCUGCAGAAUUGAUUGGCUCACCGUAUCCAUGGGCCUCUCUAUGGGUAGCAAUCGCUGCUGCAGUAGCAACGGGGCUUAUACUGGCCCCAUUGGACCUUAUUCGAACAAAACUCAUCCUCACCCCUACAUCACACCCGAAGCGACCACUCACGUCGCAACUCCGCAUGCUACCUUCCUACCUCUGCCCAACACCUCUCAUAGUCCCAACUAUCCUCCACUCUCUCAUCACGCCUGCCAUUUCGCAUACCACCCCCUUACUACUCCGGUCCCGUCUGGCCAUCGACCCUUUCUUAACACCAAAUACGUACCAGCUCGCUCGCUUCAUGUCCAAAAGCGUUGAAUUAUUCAUAAAACUGCCACUAGAGACGGUGCUAAGGAGAGGUCAAAUGGCAGUGUUGAAACAAGAGAAAUCUAUGAUAAGAGAACUGGGCAAGUGGGAAGGCGAUCUAGAAACGAUAGUCAAAGUCGGCAACUACAGAGGUGUGGUUGGCACGAUGUGGUUGAUUGUCAGGGAAGAAGGCGUAAGAGAAGUCCCAGUCUUUAAGGGGAGAGGCAAGCUCAAGGUUACCCAGAAAGAAAUGAAAGGGCAAGGUCUGCCUGGUCUCUGGAGAGGAUGGCGAGUUGGCAUGUGGGGCCUCGUGGGGAUGUGGAGCUCGAGAAUGUUAAGUGGUGGCGCUGUGAAUGGUGGGGAGUUCUAA